CACGACACAAAGCUCCGUCCGGUAUCCACCCAAUCCCUCGGUCGGAAUCGCUGACAACAUGGCUUCCUCCUCAAAAUCCCAUCUCUGCGUCGUCAUCAUCCUCUCCCUUGCCUUCUUUGCUCAAUCCAAAUGGAAUUUGGAACCGUCCGAGUCGGAGGCCCUUCAGCAACUGAAGGAAGACUUGGGAAUUACUAGUCAACGCGACUCUGAUCACAACCCCUGCAGCUCAUCCGGAAUCUCCUGCGAACGGAGAGUCUACGGUAACUCUUCGGAAAUCCGAGUCGUCCGAAUCGUCUUCAAAUCUCAAGGGCUGGAUGGGUUCCUGUCCCCAGACAUCGGACGGCUCUCGGAGCUAAAGGAGCUUUCCCUUCCUGACAACAGACUCUUGGAUGGAAUUCCUCCCGAAUUAGGCAACUGCAGGAAGCUGGAGAUUCUGAACCUCCAGAAGAAUGGGUUCUCUGGUGAAAUCCCUUCGGAACUCAAAUCCCUCAUCGCCCUCCGAAUCAUCGACCUCUCGUCGAACAGAUUCGAGGGUGACUUGGGUUUCUUGAAGCAUUUCCGGAACCUCGAAAGCCUCUCCCUCUCCGACAAUCUCUUCGUCGGGAAAGUCCCACCAUCUUUGAAGUCCUUUCGCAAUCUGAAAUUCGUCAACCUCACCGGGAAUAAGCUGCAGGGCUACCUCGCACCGGCCUCACUGCUCAAGGUGGAUUAUUCGAAGAAUUCUCUCCCCCGGCGUUAUAAAUUAGCGGAGACUUCAAAUUCCACAAAUUCGAAUAAUCAAACUGCCGCAGUCCCCCCGUCUCCUGGCUCUUCCGGGAAUCAUUCUCUGAAUAAUCAAACUUCUGAUGCGAAUAGAACUUCUGGUGGAAAUCAGUCCGCAUCGGCGCCAGGUCCAUCGCCGGCAGACCACAAGAAACACAAGAGGAGGCAUGUCAAGAGCUGGAUUAUUGGAUUCGUGGUCGGUGCAAUCACUGGAGUCCUUUCGGGCGCUGUAUUCUCUGUGAUUUUCAGGAUUCUGCUGAACUGCAUCCGUGGGAGAGGCAAGAAUUCUGGCCUGGAGAUCUACAGCUCGUUGAUCAAGAAUGCGGAUGACCUCGCCUUCUUGGAGAAGGAAGAUGGGCUUGCUUCGCUGGAGAUCAUCGGCCGAGGUGGGUGCGGGGAGGUCUACAGGGCCGAAUUGCCUGGAAGCAACGGGAAGCAAAUUGCGAUCAAGAAGGUAAUUCAGCCCGCAACGGAUGGUCCUGAUCUCUCUGAAGAGGACAGCAAGCUCCUAAACAAGAGGAUGAGGCAGAUCAAGUCGGAAAUCCAGACCGUUGGGCACAUACGACAUCGGAACCUGCUUCCUCUGCUGGCCCACGUUCCCCGUCCCGAUUGCCACUACCUCGUCUAUGAGUUCAUGAAGAACGGGAGCUUGCAAGACGUACUGAAGCAAGUCUCUGAGGGGACUAGGGAACUGGAUUGGCCCACUCGGCACAACAUCGCGAUGGGCAUUGCAGCAGGCCUCGAGUACCUCCACAUGAACCACAACCCGCGCAUAAUCCACAGGGACCUCAAGCCUGGUAACAUCUUGCUUGACGAUAACCUCGAGGCCCGCAUCGCUGACUUCGGCCUGGCGAAGGCAGUCCCGGAUGCGAACACCCAUGUGUCGACCUCCAACAUAGCAGGUACGGCUGGGUUCAUCGCCCCAGAGUACUACCAGAUCUUGAAGUUCACGGAUAAGUGUGAUAUAUAUAGCUUUGGCGUGGUGCUGGUGGUGCUGGUGAUGGGAAAGCUGCCAUCGGACGAGUUCUUCCAGACAACAGAGGAGAUGAGCCUGGUCAAAUGGCUGAGGAAUGUCAUGGCAUCAGAGAAUCCUAGCAAGGCCAUUGAUCCUAAGCUGAUGGGCCAUGGUUUCGAUGCUCAGAUGCUCCUUGUUCUCAAGAUCGCAUGUUUCUGCACUAUGGAUGAUCCAAAGCAGAGGCCCAACAGCAAGGAUGUUCGGUGCAUGCUUUCUCAAUUGAAGAAUUAGGCUGGAUGGUGUUUGGAAAGACUAUACUUUUGCUUAUCUUGUUUUUCCAAUAAAUGCCUCUUGUAUGGUUGAAGGGGUUUUGGAGGGCUAUCCCAAGUGUUGCAGAUUGUGUUUUUAAUGUAGUUUUUAAUUAUAGGUCAAGUUAUAAUCUGUACUCCAAGUAAAGUUAUCUCAAUCUGUUUUCGCUGCAUACUUAAAUUAAAAGCUUUUAUUAUCUUUA